AUGGCAGCCAUGCCCCCACCUCGGCCGAUUGCCGCUGGUCGUCCACCAUCAGACUUGGUUGCGCCUGAAAUCACCUAUCAUGUGCCCCAGUCGCAUACAAACUCAUUCCACCGGACCUCAGCUCUUGUCCGACCUCAUGGCCCUACGGCGCAACCACCACGUAUACUCGAACGACCGCCACCUCCGACAGUCACGCCAGUUCACCCUCCGAACCCUCCUGUCCCACCCUCUGUACGGCCGCCUCUUCGAGCCGAUCGCAACAUUGAUAAAGUCGUGUUGGGUAAUAUGUGCUUCAGUACGUGGUAUCCUAGCUACUAUGGAAAAGAAGUGCUUGGGGAAUCAUCCGGCAAUCUAGGUAAAACAGGCAGCAAGGACAUGGGGGCCAAGGAUCAAGCUACAGGUGGUAAAGCAUCAUCCCGGCGGGAUCGCGAACAUCACCCAGUAGUUGAUCGCCUCUACGUGUGUCCUACCUGCUUCAAGUACUCCAAGGAAUUGGUUGCCUGGUGUCAUCACGUUCAUGUGUGUGAGAGAAAGACUCAGAUACCUGGUCGGAAGGUAUAUAUUCAUCCACGGGGUCGUAGAAAGAUUCUUGUUCCCCAUGAUAAUAAAACCUCUGGUCCCAAAAGACGGAAAGGGGAAGGAAACAUUCGGUUGGUAGAGGAGAUAGUCCAGGACGAAGGAGAAUGGAGCAUUUGGGAGGUUGAUGGUGAAAAGGAUGGGCUCUUUUGCCAGAACCUGUCACUAUUUGCAAAGCUGUUCCUCGACAAUAAAUCCGUCUUCUUCGAUGUCACAGGUUUUAACUACUUCCUACUUGUUUACACACCUCCGAGUCGAUCUUCACAGACUGCAACUGAGCCUGAGCCGCCUUCACCUCGAAUUACGGGAUUCUUCUCGAAGGAGAAAAUGUCAUGGGAUAAUAACAAUCUCGCUUGCAUUCUUAUAUUCCCCCCAUGGCAACGAAAGGGUCUUGGUGCGUUGCUUAUGGGGGCCUCGUACGAGAUAUCUCGGCGGGAGGGCAUUCUGGGAGGGCCAGAGAAGCCAAUUUCUGAUCUUGGUAAGAAGGGCUACAAACGUUACUGGGCAGGCGAAAUCGCGAGAUGGCUAUUGACUAUCAAUAUGGACUCAAAGACGCCCCAGAAUGAGGUCCUUGUGGAUCUCAGCGACUGCAGUAAGGCAACCUGGAUUCUUCCUGAAGAUUGUCUGCAGGUGCUACGGGAUAUAGGUGUUGUUGAAGAGGCCGGUUUGGGCCCAAGGAAGCCUGAGGAAAAGCCUGCCCCCAAGGCCGAGACCGAGGCCGAGGGGAAGAAAGGCGAAGAAACGACAAGGACAUCGCCUACUGCUGACGGAGGAGUUAAAGAAGAGACCGUGUCAGUUGUCAAAAUGGUGCCGCGGGUGCGGAUAAAUAAGCAGGCUGUCCGUCGAUAUGUGGCCGAGAAUCGAAUAAGUCUAGAGCGGAUGUGUGAUCCAGCUGGGUUUGUCGAGGGCUACGCAAUCAAGGCACCCGAGGUGGUGGAAGACGAGGAGGUCGAGGCGCAGGAGUGA